ACAUAUGUAUACGUGCGCGUACAUAGUAUAUUGUAGUUUGUGAUGCAUCGUAUAUUCAAAUAUUGCAAUAUGCAAUAUGUAUACAUAUUAAAUAUGAUAACAUAUACUUAUAAAAUAUCAAUGACCUAAUAUCUGAAUGAUUUCAUACGCGUCCAUAAAUUCUCUUAUUGAAAUGACAUAUAGUUCAACUCGCAUUUUGUCCAGAACAGAACAAAUCAAAAGCGUAUAAGCUGGCAUUAAAUACUCGCGGCUCGUGUUCGUUCGCGUCCACUCGCGUCAUCUCGUCAUUCAUGUGGCAUGGGAAGCGUUUCUAAUUGUUUUGUUGCAUUUUCAAAUUACUGUCAUAGAACUGAAUUUAUAAAUUUAAUCUCUAUUAAACACGCAUUCACAGUGACCAUUACUGCUACAUAAAAAUGUAUAAAACAAUUUGUGUUGUCGUCUUCCUAAGUUUACUUAUUAACGAAGGGGAAAGUUUAUACUGCUACAGAUGCAAUAGUAAUCAUCCUGGGUGUGGCACACCUUUCAAUUGGUGGUGGUAUUGGGGUGAAACCUGUCCAGAAUACGAUGAUAAGUGUGUAAAGAUAAUUGAGAGGAAAGGAGCCGAGACAGUUAUAACAAGAGAAUGCUUGAGCUCUGUUCGUAGCUUUAGAAAAGAUAUGCCAGCUGAUCGCUAUGAAGGUUGCCGACCUGCUGCUAAAGAUCUCCAUUUGGGACAUUACGUAAACAAUUCCAUUCAUCAGUUAGAUAUUCAUAGAGACUAUUACGAUGAAGUAACAUGGUGUUUCUGUUACUUUGAUCAUAGAUGCAAUGGUGCUACUACUACUGUAAUACCGACAUUCUUAUUGCUAAUAGCUAUCGUGGCACAACAAUUUACUACAUAAAAUGGUUAUACGUUACACGAUGCCUAAAAUAAGCUUGUAUAGAUUUAGCUUCUGUUAUGUAAAUUUGAAAAAAAUCAAAUUCAAAUUAUAUUCAGGUUAAACUUAUUUACAUAUAUAUAUAAAGUACAACUAUUUUUCUGAGUACUCGAUACAGUUGUAUAUAAUGUAAAUAAGCAUUUUUAAUGUAAAGUAAUUUUACUGCACGAGAUUGGAAGUUGAUCUGUCAUAUUAAUAAGGUUGUUCUGCAUAAAAGCCAUUUUAUGUAACUUAAAACUCUGUAAUUGAAAGUCUGAUUAAUUCCGUCCAAAAAUAUUUAUGGAAAUGACACAGCAAAAGCUAAUGCUACUUUUUAUAUGAAUAAUACCUCAAACUCUGAUAAAACUAUUUUGAUAUGUGAUAGGUUGGCUUUUCAGAGGAUAAGUGAAAAUGUUGUACAACAUUAUGGUAAAAUACAUCCUUUGUUAUUUUACUUGACAACCUAUUGAUAUAAAAUUUUAUUAGAUAACUUUAGAUAUCGAACUGCCGUCCAUGGUUAAACAAAUAGAAUUACUUUAAAAUGUAUGUUAAAUAGUAUAAAUUAGUUUUUCUAUCUUUU